UGUGGAAAUCUCUUCCUAGUAGACACGUUUUACAACCUUGAAGAGAAGCCCUUGAAGGAAAAGUCCAAAAACAAUAAUAUCUACUAGCGGUGGACUUGGGUGGUUACAUUUGUUAUAACCAUUGCUUAAUAGAAUAAAAUAUGUUUCAAAUGGUAGGUAGGUAGGUUUGAGAAUGAGAUAUUCAAUAUGAACAUAGUUCAUUUUGUUAUUUCAAUCAUGGUUCGGAUCAAACUAAAAGGAUAAAAAAUGGUGCGAAAAUUCCCGUUGAAACAAGAAAUGAAACGCAAAGGAGAUUUAUCACUAGGAACAGAUGUGGGGUACAAUACUUGAACUUGAUGAUUAUUGAAGUUGCUAUUAAUGUCUUAAAUGUGAGCAUGAUCAAGUAGCUCAACUUCUCAAGCAAUUAGGGAAUAAAUCUGUCAUGUCAAAAAUGUGGUGAGAAAACCCUAUAAAAUAACCUAAAAGCUCUACCAAUUUAGCAGAGAAACCAUGGAGAGGAAGCAAAAAGAGAGAAAAGGGCACUUGGUGCUUGUUCCUUGCCCUUUACCAAGCCACAUGUCUCCUAUGCUUCACUUAGCCAAACUUCUUCAUUCUCAGGGUUUCUCCAUUACCAUAAUUCACACACAACUUAACUCUCCAAAUGAAUCUCAUUACCCUGAAUUCUCCUUUGAAUCCAUUGGUGGUAGCAUGUUGGAGAGCUACAGUGCCUUUGAUGGGGAUGUUAUGCUUUUUCUUUCAAAACUAAACAUGAAAUGUGAAACCCCAUUUCAUGAAUGCUUGGUAAAAAUGCAAUUGCGCUGUCAAUACACUCCAAUCUCCUGCAUAAUAUAUGACGCUGUCAUGUAUUUUUCUGCUGCAGUUGCUGAUGAUUUGAAGCUUUUUAGAAUUGUUUUGCGGACAAGUAGCGCCGCAAACUACAUUGGGCUGUCAAUUCUUGAUGAGAGUGACUUUGUUUCAGAACCUAGAAUGGAGGAACCAGUAGCUGGGUUUCCCUUUCUGAGAAUCAAGGACAUGCCACUUUUCAGCACACAGAAACACACAAGGGAGGUUCUAACGUGUAUUUACAAUGGAACAAGAACUGCUUCAGCUAUCAUUUGGAAUUCCCUUUGGUGUCUUGAACAUGCCUUGUUUGAGAAAAUCAAAAAUGAAACCUUGGUUCCUGUCUUUCCCUUAGGGCCUCUUCAAAAGCACUGUAGCAGCUUCUCCACUAAUGUCUUAAGUGAAGAGCAGGGUUGCAUUGCUUGGUUAGAUAAACAAGCUCCAAGUUCUGUGGUGUAUGUAAGCUUUGGAAGUGUGGUUACUAUGACAGAAGAUGAACUAUUAGAGAUGGCUUGGGGGCUUGCCAAUAGUGGCCAGCCGUUCCUGUGGGUGGUGAGGGCUUGUGUAGUCAAUGGCUCAGAUGGAGUUGAGAUGUUGCCUAGAGAGUUUCAUGAGGCUACCAGAAGUCGCUGCAGGAUAGCUAGUUGGUUGCCACAGCAAAAAAUCUUAGCACACACAUCAAUUGGAUGCUUUUUGACGCAUAAUGGCUGGAACUCAACAAUUGAGAGCAUAGCAGAAGGCGUUCCGAUGCUUUGCUGGCCUCGAGUCGGGGAUCAAAGGGUGAAUGCACGGUUCGUGAGCCAUGUCUGGAGGGUUGGCUUACAGUUGGAGGACAGAUUGUUGAGAGAGGACGUCGAAAGCGCCAUUCAAACUCUCUUCAUCGAUGAAGAGGGUAUCGAAAUCCAUAAGCGAGCCAAGGAGUUAAAGAAGAAGGUUGAUAUCUCCUUGAGACAAGGUGGUGCUUCAAGUGAGUUCUUAAGCAGAUUAGUUAAGUACAUUAGCCUUCAAGAGACAAUGAUAAGGUUGUCAAAUGCUUGAUUAGGCUAUAAUAAUGUAAGCUAUGAUUUCUCUUAUGUAAUUCUGCACAUGUUGAAAUGGUAUGUGAAAGCUGUUGUACUUGUUCUGUCACA